GAUUUUUGUUGCUAUAACUUUUCGGGAUCGGAUUCUAUGUACUUGGUGUUUAGACAGGUUUUGUUUAGGUACAAAGCGAAGUCGUCACAGUUGCAAUCACCAAUGUCAGCUAAGCACAACUGUGCUGUUUUGCGUAGCAAUAAUUUCGCAAUUCUAGAACCUUCAACGCCGAAAUCAGGCCAUAAAUGGAAGAAGCCUAAGGCCGGAAAGCAAGGAAGUGGCGGUGGUUCCAGUAGCAGUGGCUCCACUUCCAACGCCGCCGGUUCCAUUACCGGAAUGCCGACACCACAAAAUGUGCUCGGUAUUCGACUAGCCGAUUGUGUGACGUCAGGUCCUGAAGAUCUCGUUCCUUUAAUCGUUCGAAUUUGCGUAAGUGUCGUCGAAGCAAACGGACUAGACACCGUUGGUAUAUACCGUAUUCCCGGUAACACAGCGGCCGUGAACGCGUUAAAAGAAACUCUUAGUCAUUGUUUGGACACAAUGACGUUGGAGAAACUGGAUUUGAGCGAUCCACGAUGGCGAGACGUGAAUGUGGUGUCGAGUUUCUUGAAAAUGUUCCUAAGAAAAUUGCCAGAACCACUUCUCACUGAUAAAUUGUAUCCAUUUUUUAUUGAUGCAAAUCGGAUAUCGAAUCAUCACAAUCGUCUUCAUAAAAUAAGAAAUUUGUUACGAAAGUUACCACGACAUCAUUACGCCACAUUGCGUUAUCUGAUAGAUCAUCUGUUAGCGAUUACGAAAAAUAGUAAAGUAAAUAAGAUGGAAACACGUAACUUGGCGUUGAUGUUCGGUCCGUCCAUUGUUCGUCCUUCGGACGAUAAUAUGGCAACAAUGGUGACACAUAUGAGUGAUCAAUGCAAAAUUAUCGAAACCUUAAUACACUACAAUGAAUGGAUGUUCGACGACAAGUCCACGGCCGGUGACAUCGUUCCCGAACGCCAUCCAUCUGAUACAAGUAAAUUAUUGUCACCUCAAUACGGAGUUGGUGUACCAUCGGGCGUGUCGGCAGCAUCUUUCAACGACAUGCACAAUCUUAUUCGGAAAGCUAAUGAGGAUCAAGCAGCUGCAAUGAUGAGCGAAGGAAAAACAGGAAAAAUCAAGAACAUUCUACGACGAAAUUCACGGCGAGACAAGUCGAAGUCGAAAUUGAAAAUCGAGUCGACAGCACCGGCGGCGGUGAACCCUCGAGUGGUCAGUGGUACUGCUCAGCCCAACACCCGAAGCCGCGUCGAAACUACUUUCUGUGGAAACUAUCAGGAACGAGACAUUGAUGCUGAGAUUAUGUCACGACAAACGGUAUCACCUUUGGCUGCUGUUGCAUCAACAGGUACUCUGGAACAAAGCCCUUCAAUUGAGUCAAGCCUGGGAAGCAUUCCUGACACAAGUCGCACAGAUCCGGGAACGACAACCACUUCUCCUGAUACUAGCGAACUUCAGGCGCGACGCAAGAGGCAGCAGGAUAUAUACUCGGCUCGACGUAUCUUCAUCGCAGGCUCUGCGGAAGCAGCUGAUGACGCGAGUGCUGUUGAUGCGUUAGCUAAUCAUACCCAGCAUCUUAAUAUGGCCAAUAGUCCUGCUUUAGAAAGGUCUUAUUCAGUUCGUUAUAAAUCGUUGUUCAUUUUUCAGACGUCCUCACCGACGAAAGAUACGACCGAUGCACUUUCGUGCACGUCGGACUACUCCACGACUAGUUCUGCUCCACUAACGGCUCCACUUGCGGUUGCAUGCGCUGCCUCUUACUCUGAUUACUCGCAUGUGGUUGACGACUGCACCAUCCCACAUCAAAAAUCGAUGCGAACGUACGAGAUCAGGUCGCGUAUGAUCUCCGGGCAUUCGUCCCUGCUAUUCAUUGUA